AUGAUUCGAGUGUUGAAGAGUGUACAUACAAGAGGGCAUCGGGGUGUUUUGAAACCCAAGUGCGCAGGACGGAUCAGUCGGAGAGCCCGACACUGGCAGGCAUCACCACGUGAGGACGGAGGAGUGACAGAAGACAAGAGAAGGAUUGGAAGGAUGGAGAUGAAGACGCGUGUAAAUAGUGGUAAGAAGAAGAAGGAUCGAAUCAAGAAAAGCAGCAAUCAACCUAAUCUCUCUAGCAAGAAGGUUUCUACAAUAAGUGUUCCUUCCAUCAAUCUCCCCUUAGGUUAUGGUUUCCCUGCUGCCGGCUCAGAUUAA